UGCUGCCCCUCGUCUGCCGCCACAACCGCCGCGACGUCAUCCACAAGCACCACGUCAGCUUCCCGCACGAUCGACCGAGGCACAGACCCCAUAGAACUCGGGGCAGCGCGGCGCGGCAGAUGACCGAGGAACGCAGAGGUACCGGCGGAGGAGGCGGCGGCAGUGUUGGCAGCGGCGGGAAUGGUGGCGGCAGCAGCAGUCAGGGGCCGCAGGACUCCACCAACACAAGCGACCCACCCAGGCCAUCCUCAGCCUUAUGGGGCGGGGGCGGCCUCGGGGGGGACACGGACGGCGGCGGAGCAGGGGCGGGGGAGGGCGAGGAGCGGGUGGAGGAGUCAUCCAGCUUGGGGGCGGCUCGAUCGCUGCGCCAGAUGGUGAGUGACGACAGCGCCUCCUCCUCAAGCCUAGACUCGUCCUCCUCAGCGACCUCUGGGGCUAGCCGAGCCUCGGAACGCAACACCCGACUCUCGCUCCUGUGGACGUCUCGGCUCCAUCGUCUGGGGCAAGAUUCCGACGGGGUGGCGACCGAUGCGACUCCUAACCCAUGGGAGCCCCGACCUGACCCCGCCCCCAGGCCCCCAGGGUGAUGACGAACGUGGGGGUAAUGAAGAGGAGGCUAGUACUGGGGUGUCAACGUCCACCCCGUCGCCGCUAUCCGGGGCACGGGGCGAACGGUCAAGCCUCCAUUGGGGUUACUACUUCCAUCUAUCCGACCGCCCUGGGAUUCACGGCAGGCGACCAGGGCGGGUCAACCGGGGCAGAGAGAGAGCGGGGCCGCCGGAAGAUGCCCCGAGUCAGGCGAACGGAGCGGGGGCGGGGCCGGGGGUGGAGUCCAGGGAUGCUGUUGAUGAUCCGAGUGAUGCGACACAGCCCCCUCUGCCCCCCGGUCCUCCUCCUCUUCCACCUCUUCCACCUCUCCCUCCAGCCCCUCCACUGUCCCCUGUACCUCUUCUCCCCUCGCCUCCACUUCCUCCUCUCCCGCCUCUUCCGCCCUAUGAUCCACCGCUGCCCCCUCCCGCUCUGCCUUCUGAUCCACCCACCGAUCCACCAUUCUCGAGACUUUCCACCCAUGCCGAGCUGCCUGAUCUCUAUCCUACGCUGCCGCCGUCACCGCUCAGCUCCCUAGCGGAUCUCUCGGCUGCUCCACAUCCACAUCCACCGUCGGAACGCGCACGCUCUCUCGCACGGCUCCUCUCCCUCCCCCCGCCCUCCACCCUUCUUCCACGUUCCUCCACCCCAUCCUCUGUCCCUCUCUCCUCGCUCCGUAAUCCCUCCCGGUCCGAUGCCCCCUCCUCUUCCUCCUCCUCCUCCACCUCCUCCUCCACCAAUCCACUCUCCUCCGACCGGCUCCGCUCUUCCAUGGCGCGGCUUCUCUCCCGCCAUCCCUGUAAUUACUUCUCCAGGUCCUCCGCCUCGCACUCCGCCUCCACCCCCUGCUACUCCAUCCGAAAUCCAUCUCAUCCGCUGCUCAACACAUCCCUUGACACCAUUUCGGAUGACGCCUCGGGAUCCAGGGCGUCGGGGCUGCUCAGGGCGAUCCGCGGGGCCGACCUUCCCCCGGGGCCGUCUGCCAGGUCUCGCUCGGCCCUGGACUCGCAGAUUGGGGUCCGGGUCCUCAGCAGACACAUCGUUAAUAUAGAACAGAUAUGCAUUGCCCUGCUGGAGAUCAACAACCACACCAGGGAGGAACAGAUGCUUCAGCAGAUCUGCCUCAUGCUCAACGAUAUCCAGGAACAGAUCCACUCUCUGCGGCUGCCCGAGGACUCCCAGGUGGUGGAGGACCUCGCCGGGGCCUUCUCCGAGACCCUGCCCACCCCGCCCAAGUUGAUUCAGGACUCCUGUGACAUCAAGAUCAAGGUCAAGAUCAACGGAAGUAAACAGAGCGACGCUGCGGAGUCUGUCACGCCGCCCACGCCCACACAGUGCCCCCACGCCCAUCCAGUGCCCCCACGCCCAUCCAGUGCCCCCACGCCCACACAGUGCCCCCACGCCCACACAGUGCCCCCACGCCUCCACGCCCAUCCAGUGCCCCCACGCCUCCACGCCCAUCCAGUGCCCCCACGCCUCCACGCCCAUCCAGUUCAGAGUGAGGGCAGUUCUUACCUCAAUGACCUCUCUCAGGUGUCUGCUACGGUGGUGAACCUCCUGCUCCAAAUGGAUGACAUGUUUCUGGAGGGCAAGAUGGAGGUGGGGGAGGAGGUGCGGCAGCAGUGCCAUGACCCUAUGCUGGCACACACGCCGGAGCUGCUGGCUCGACGCGAGGUUCCGGCGCGCCACCCCCGGCCACCACCACGCAGCUGCAUCACAUCAGCGAGGAGAUGCUGGUUUACCGCAAGCACAACCUCCUCUCCUGCCAACUGCCCGGCUCACCCAAGUCCACGUUCCUUAUGGUAUUCAGCCCCGAUGGGUCAAAGGUCGCCUCCACCCACGGCGACCACAACAUCUACGUCAGCGAGGUCAACACAGGUCAGUGCAUCUGUACGCUGGAGGGACACCCGCGAACCCCGUGGUGUGUGGCCUUCCACCCCGCCUCCAACGAGAUAGUGGCCUCGGGCUGCCUCGGCGGGGAGGUGCGCGUGUGGGGCCUCAAGGGCGGCAGUGAGGUGUGGACGACAGAGAAGAGCACGGUGAUCGCCUCCCUCGCCUUCCACCCCACGGACAAGGUGCUGGUCAUCGCCACCUACAAUGAGAUAUACUUCUGGGAUUGGUUCCAGCCGCAGCCCUUCACCAAGAUAUGCACGGCUGAUGAGAAGGAGAAA